GCCCACAGCCCAGUUUUGUCUCUUUUAGACUUUGAGCAUUCAUUACAACAAAUACAAACGCAAGAAUUCCGUACAAAUCCACCCCAUUAUUCUCCUUUUUCCCUCUCUUCGGUUGGUGGGAGGGAAGGAUAACCCUGCGGAAAUUCCCUCCCGCUCUGCGUAGAAAAGUAGUAGUUCACCCUGUCUAUUUCUUGAUACUAUCUGUAUCUAUAUGUGUAUAGGUACGUAGUUGUAGUUUUCUGUUUUUCCGUGGAGUCUUGGAGUAUGGAUUUGACUUCCCAUUCAGCUGUUGUGUAUGACGGGAAUGGAGGAGCGGCUGUGGAGCGGAAGGAGAAGGAGAGGGAGCCGGCAUAUGUUUCGAUGGUGGAUCCCUUCCUCGUUGAGGCUCUUCAAAACCCUCGUCAUCGACUGAAUAUUCUUCGAAUGGAGCUUGAUGUACAGAAGUUCUUGAAGAAUUCUGAUGUGCAGCAGUUUGAGUUUCCACACUUCCCUACUUCAUACCUUCGUCUUGCAGCACACCGUGUUGCCCAACACUAUGGUGUGCAGACCUUGGUUCAGGACAAUGCUGUAGAUGGCCAAGGGAGCCGGAUAUUGGUUAUAAAAAAGCCAGAGAGUAAGUUCCCUACUGUUUGCUUAUCAGAUGUGCCUGCUAAAGAGUCAGAAAAUGACAAACUUGAUCAGAUCAAGAUAGUCAUAAGACCGAGACCUAAAGCUUCCUCAAGUGAAGCCAAUGAACUGGGGCUUAAGCGCACUUCAGUGAGAUCUGUGGAAGAGAGGAAGGAGGAGUAUGACAGAGCACGAGCUCGUAUUUUCAGUAGUCCAAGUAGUUCUGAAUCUGGAGAUGCAUCAGCUCAGGCUGCUUUUGAUGGGAGGAAUUUGAAUGUAGAUGACAAUGAAGUUUCGAGGAAUUUUGGCAUGGAUGCGGACAAAAGCCCCUGCAGCAAGGAAGUUGGCACUUCAUCUAGAGUGGCUAUUUUUAGGGACAGGGAGAAGGAUCGCACUGACCCCGAUUACGAUCGCAGUUAUGACAGAUAUGUUAAGAGCAUCCCGCACGCACAAAAUCUCAGCCUAGCGCAUCUUAAUAUGCAGAAAAUCCAGCCUCCAUUUGUCCAUUAUGAUUCUAUUUUCCCUCAGCUUGGUCAGAUGCCUGCACCUCCAGCUUCUCUCAGCUACAGGAGCCCUGUGAUGAGCCCCUACUGUGCUAUGGGAUUGAAUCAAACUUCUACGGAUGGUUUAUAUAUGCAGUGGCAAACUCCGUCCAUUAUGCAUGGGCAUUCAUACGAUCAACUAAGACAUGCUGUGUUUCAGGCCCCCCUCUGUCAGCAGCCUCUAAGUUUCGAUUACUCUCAGAACCAAUGAUGACUGGCAGAAGUUAGCUUGGGAAUGUCUGCAUUACUCUAGGGUGUCCUUAAUUAGGUUGCAGUGUUGAAGAGCCUGAUCCUAUGGUUUAGAGUUCUCUGAUUUUGUUUUAGAUUUGAUGUAAGGUGUUCAAAGACUUUAUUAUGCAUGAAGCGACAUUGUUUGUAGGGAGACCAGACCCCCAAUGCCUGUUUGCAAUUCUUGAUUUGUAUUGUUGUGUCGUAUGAGAAAUUACUUUCCACAA